AUGCAACGGAAACGAUUGCGGAGGAAGUCGUCAUUGCUGCCGGCAUUGAGGGGGGCUUCAAGGGGAAGGUACGAAGGGCAACGGAGACAAACUUCAAUCACCACCCACAUCCAGCUACAAGGCCGAACCCGGGCCAGCAUUCAGCCGGCCAAAUGAAGGCUUCGGUUUUCGGUUUGUACAUUGAAGUUGCCAUGUGGCAAAGUUCAAUCCCCAGAAUCUAUGCUCUCUCUCUCUCUCUCUCUCUCUCUCUCUCUAUCUUUCCCAUUGACUUUGGAGUUGAAACACCGAAAAGACCAUCCACAAGCCGACCGAUGCAACCUACUUGGGCCGAAAAGUGUGCAAUAAGAAGUAGUGAACCGACCGGGCCGGGACUUGGAGGGGUGGGUGACUUGGGAGCGACUUGCGCCAGGAGGUGGCAAUGGGAGCAUAAAAACAAUUUCCCUCUGCCGGAUGCCGUCACAUUUCCGCAAUUCCGGGCCAACCGCCCGACCCCGGAUGGGUGGCGUCGGCUGGCUGGUAGCUCUGGCACCGGGCCAGCAACAGCCGAGCAUCAAGGAAAGGGAUAGAACAGACCGAGUGACUGGGGAAUGGGUAGGAGGCAGUUGAAAUAACGUUGGUAAAACGGUUUUAUUGCCUUUCUUCGGCCAAAUGCCACCGCCUUCCCAUUCAUUGUGCCAGUCCAAACCGAAGGAUAAGCUUCCUAAUUGUGUGCACGUGUGUGUGUGUGCGAGAAAGAAGAGCGGGAGUGGCAGGAAACCGGCGAGCGGAAACCGGGUAACGAAGCCCACGGAAUUCGACGUGCCGAAUCAUAAUGCAAUUCGAUUUUCAUCCCACACUACUAAGCCGAAAGCUAUUUUCGAACCGGGGUACGUACGUUGAGCUGAAUGAGUUUUUCUUUCUUUUCCCGCUUUUUCCCGCAGUUUGCUUGCUCGUUCAUUGAAUACGGUUUGCUUGAAGUUCGCAGUUGGUGGUGGUGGUGGUGGUGAAAAAGGGUAGAAAAUAAAAGAUGCGAGAAACAUUUAUUCUCACCUUCUAUUCCGCCCCUUCAACGGUUAUUCCAUUAUUUUCUCACCAGCAAAGACAAAAAAAACCCAAAAAAUCACUGAGCAAGUGCGAAAACAACAGAAGUGUGACAACUAAUAAAUUAUCGGCACAAGGCUUUUCUGUAAACAACAUUGCCACGAACCAGUCGGCCAGACCAGAGAAGUUAAAACGAAAACAUGCAAAUGAUAAAUGGUCAGCAUUAAGAUGUGGCAAGACGAUUCGGCAGCGGAUAAAUCCCGUUGAUUCUCCAUUUUUUAUCAGUUCCUGGAAUUUGAAAUUGGGGUAAAAAAGAACAGAACAACAUGCCAAAAGAAGGCCAUGGGUUCGGGUUGCUAACAGCAAGUGGAUCUGUUUAUGAUGGAUGUUGAACUAAAUGUCCGAAUGUCUUUCUUUCUUUAUAAUUUAAGAAAAUUGUGAUUUACUAAGCAAAAACACAGGGAAGGGAAACAUAAAGGAUUAUAAAUCAAAUCAAUUCUGGUUUUAUAAAACCAAUCGAUUAUCAACACUCCUCGAGAAAGAUUAAAAUUAGCAGACAAAAAUCUCAGCAGGCCAUGAUCUUCUGUCCUGUCACUUCAAUGCUGUCAAUUGCCAAUCGUGUCCGAUACAGAACGAAACAAACACAACCGUUUCCUCAGCCGGUAUGUGCACUCGCGACUGUUACCGUGUGUUUGGUUAUUUUCUCGGCUUUCUGUGGAUGGUCAGUGCCGUGUACUAUACGACCGAAACGGUCGAACUGCUGAAGCUGAUGCGGUUACGGUGCGAUAAGGUGUCCGGGUCGUUACGCGCUCCGGACGACGGCGGUGACGACGCCGUGCCGGACGCCGGUCCGGCUCGGUUACAGUUUAGCACGGAAAUGAUUGCCCGCGUGUGUGAGUUCUACACCCAUCUGGAUGUGUUUUUACCGUACCACAUCAUCACGACCAUCAUCAAAAUGACGCCCGGUGUACUGCUGGUGGUUGGAAUAUUUAAGAACAACAUCACGCUGGUGCAGGUGUUUGCGGUGUACGGUCUGCUCGAGGAGUGUUUCUUUGUGAUUGUGUUUUCGAAAAUAUUUGCCGUCAUACAAGCGAUCAACACGUCCGUCUGGAUCUAUUGGAUUAUUGUUAUAUUUUGCUUGAAGCUGUUUUUCGCCAUCUGGAUACUGUUGGGUGUGUAUGCGGCGGUACAGCCCCGUAGCAGGGCAUCCCGUCCUCCGCGCGUUUAACGCACCACUACCAAAUAACAACGCAGCGAGACGGAUUUUCUUUGGAAAUAUGAAAUAUUAUUUACUAUAAUUGCUUCGCCUACUAGCUACGAGACAGAGAACAUAAAUACACCGGAGUGAAGGAAGAAGGGUUAAUAAUAAUUAUCAUAAUCAGCUAUUAACAGGAAUGCCAUGCGUGUUUAUCCCAUGCGCCCCCCAUGCGCUCGCUUACAACGUUACCUAGGGCGGUACGGCGAACGGGUGCGCCGGGAGUGUGGAAAUUAUAAAGCGCAAUAAUAAAAUAAUAAUAUUUGUUUAAAAAUAA